AGCCCCGUCCCUUCAAAUUUUCCUCGGAGUCUCCCUUUUCAGGUCUUGUUAUCAUUUUUUCUUCUUCUGUUUUCCCCUCGACUCCAGUGCAAGGCCACAGGCGAUACCACAUCUUUUUGGGCCAGGCUGCCUCGCCAGACCGCAAGGUCAGAUUUGGGAUUCCUUGAUUUGAAAGCAGGACUAAACCCCGAGCCGAGAUCCGGAGGGUCCAUCAAGGGUAUAAGAGAGGACGGGCUAGAACCGCGCAGCCAACCAAAAGGCAGGGGGAAAAAUACAGAAUUUUUGGGUUCGAAAAACAAAAGAAAAAAGAAGAAAAAGAAAAAACUCCCACGAACGACCGUGGAUUUGCUUGUCUCCAGCCUGCGGCCAAGACAAUCGCGCCCGCUCCUCGAGGCAAGCCUCUGCUUGCGGCCAUGCGAGAUGCCCCCAUGCUAGCGGGUGUCGCCACGGGCUUGGCACUCAUCGGCCUGAGCUCCGUCCCGGCCGUCUCACGCGUGCUGCUCCGACUUGGCAAGCGGGAAAAGCCCCAGGAUUCGUACGAGGAUGGUGACGGCAAGAGCACUCCCGAGGCCGUCCAGGGGUACUCCAACAAGUUGUCCAAGUUCCUCAUCCUCUUUUUCGACAGCAUCGGCCUCGCAACCUCCCUCACUGUCGCCAUCCUCGUGACCAGGGGUCUGAGCAGCGCACACGGCCUCGCCGUUGAAAACUGGCUCGAUGUUGCCGCCUGGGGCCUUCUGCUGGUCCAGGGCAUCGGCAUCGCCUCCACCAGGAACUCGGUGCAGGCCUACGACCUCGGAAUCUACUCGUUCCUGUCGUGCAUCAUCCUGGCCGCCAGCCUCGUCGUCCAGGCUACCGGCGUCGCCGAGUACCUGGUCCGCCACGAGCCGGCCAUCUUCGCCUUCCGUGCCGUCGAGCUCGCGGCCGCUCUGGCCCUCGCCAUCGCCAGCACCUCGAUCCCGCGCCGGCCCGACGUCUACGAUGCCGAGGGCCGCGUCGUCGACCGCAUGUUCACCGUGUCUGCCUUCAGCCGUUACAACUUCAGUUGGCCCUCGAAUGUGCUGACGCUGGCCACCCGCAAGAACAAUCUGGACAUGAUCGACCUCGGCCGCCCCAACCAGUACACGCGCGCCAGGGAGGUCUCGGCCGACUGGAAGAGCCGCGGCUACACCUACCGCCUCUGGGUGUCCGUCGCCCGCGCCCACGCGCGCGGCUUCAUCGUGCAGUGGGUGCUGACCUUUGUGACGUCGGUCCUCAACUUUGCGCCCCAGUGGGUCAUUCUGCAGCUGCUCCGCACUCUCGAGAGUCGUGAGCCCGGCCAGAGCUACGGGCUCGACACCUGGGUUUGGGUCUUUUGGCUCGGCGCUGCCAUCGUCGCUCAGAACUGGGUCGAGUCGUACGUCUUCUGGCUCUCCUGGGCCGAGCUCACCGUCCCCAUCCGCGCCCAGCUCUCCUCCCUGAUCUUUGAGAAGGCCAUGCGCAGGAAGGAUGUCAAGGGAGACGGCAAGUCGGGCAAGAAGGACGACAGUGCUACUGAUGCGGCAGGUGCACCUGCCGAGGGGCCCAAGGAGGACGAUGACGAGGAGGAGGCCCUAAAAAAGAGCAAGCAGAGCACUGUCAACCUCAUCGGCGUUGACGCCAAGCGCGUCAGCGACUUUGCGGCAUUCCAGAACCUGUUUCCCGGCAGUCUGUUCAAGCUCAUCGUGUCGCUGGCUUUUCUGCUGAGCCUGAUCGGAUGGAAGCCACUCCUGGCCGGCUUCUCCACCAUGAUCGCCAUCCUGCCCCUGAACAUCGCGUCGUCCAAGAAGUACGCCGCAGCCCAAGACCGGUUGAUGAAAGUGCGCGACGAGAAGAUGGAGGUCGUGACCGAGGCGCUGCAGGGUAUCCGGCAGAUCAAGUUCUCGGCCCUGGAGCCGCAGUGGGAGAAGAAGGUGGAGGGCGUGCGGUCCCGCGAGCUCAAGGCCGUCUGGAAGGUGUUCCUGGCCGACACGGUCCUGAUCGGCUGCUGGGUCACGAGCCCCGUCAUGUUGUCGGCCGUGGCUCUGGCAGCAUACGCCUACUUCAACGGCGAGCUAACGCCCUCGGUUGCCUUUGUGUCUAUUGGCGUGUUCAAGGCACUAGAGAUGACGCUCUCGGUCGUCCCCGAGCUGACGACGGAUCUCCUGGACGCCUGGGUCUCGAUCAACCGUAUCGAAGAGUACCUCAACAGCCCCGACAUCAAGAGCGAUGCCAAGCAGUCGGACGACAUCACGCUGGACCGGGCAUCGAUCGCGUGGCCUUCGGACGAGAAGCUGGGUGAGGACGAGCGCUUCGUGCUGCGCGACGUUAGCCUCACCUUCCCGCGCGGCGAGCUGUCUGUCAUCUCGGGCAAGACCGGCACCGGCAAGAGCCUGAUGCUGGCGGCCAUCCUGGGAGAGGUCGACCUGCUGGCCGGCGACCUGUACCUGCCCCGGGCGCCGCCGCUGCACGAGCGCCACGACAAGAAGGCGACCAAGGCCGACUGGAUCAUCCCCAACUCGAUCGCGUACGUGGCGCAGAUCCCGUGGAUCGAGAACGCGAGCAUCCGCGACAACAUCCUGUUCGGGCUUCCGUUGGACGAGGACCGCUACCGGACCACGGUCGAGGUGUGCGCGCUCAAGAAGGACCUCGAGAUGCUGUCGGACGGCGAGAACACCGAGAUCGGCGCCAACGGCAUCAACCUCAGCGGCGGGCAGAAGUGGCGCGUCACGCUGGCGCGGGCCAUGUACAGCCGGGCCGGGAUCCUGGUCAUGGACGACAUCUUCAGCGCCGUCGACGCGCACGUGGGCCGCCACAUCUUCGAGAAGUGCCUGACGGGCGAGCUGGCUGCGGGCCGCACGCGCAUCCUGGUGACGCAUCACGUCGGCCUGUGCGAGCCCAGGACCAAGUUCCUGGUCGAGCUCGGCGAGGGCCGCGUGCUGAACUCGGGCCUCGUGUCGGAGCUGCAGGAGGACGGGACGCUGGCGCAGAUCAAGAGCCACGAACAGGGAGCGGCGGACGAGCCCGAGACGGAGAGUCGUACCGCCGUCACCACGGCCGUCAACUCGGACGACGGUGGGGGCGAGGACGAGGAGCACGUCGACGGCAACACCCUCAAGCGCGUCACGUCCAAGGCGGUGGCCCGCAAGUUUGUCGAGGAGGAGGGUCGCGAGAAGGGCGCGGUCCGCCGCCAGAUCUACGCCACGUACCUGCGCGAUAGCGGCGGCCUCGUCUUCUGGGCCCUGGCCAUGGCCAUCUUUGUUGCCAACCAGUCGCUGAACCUCGGUCGCUCGUGGUGGCUCAAGGUCUGGACGGGCGCCGACAGUGACCGGGCCAUGGGGUCCGGCGCCAACAUGAGCAGCAGCGGCGGCACCUUUUCCGGGCUCGGCCUCUCGGGCUACGGCCACGUGGGGGCGGCGUCGUCGUCGCCGGCGUACGGCUACGGCGUGCACUCGCAGCACUUGGCCUUUGCGCAACCCGUCUCGUUUGUCACUCCCGCUGGUGCCUCGCCCUCGCCCGACGACGGGGCAGGCCACAGCCUCAACUACUACCUCGGCAUCUACGUGGCGCUCGCGCUGUCGACGUCGGUCAUCGGCACCUUCAAGUUCUUCUACAUCUACCUCGGCUCCAUCAGGGCAAGCAAGCUGCUCUUCCGCAAGAUGAACUUUGCCAUCCUUCACGCGCCGCUGCGCUGGCUCGACACGGUGCCGGUCGGGCGCGUGCUCAACCGCUUCACGUCCGACUUCAACAUCAUCGACUCCAACCUGGCCAACUCGGUCAGCUUCGGGGCCAACUCGUUCCUGGGCCUGUGGGUCGUCAUCGUCGCGGGCGUCUUCGUGUCGCCGCUCGUCGUCUUGUUCGCGCUCGCGCUGCUCGUCGUGUGCGGCCACUACGCGCUCCGCUACUUGAGCGGCGCGCGCCCCGUCAAGCGGCUCGAGAGCAACACCAAGUCGCCCGUGUUCGAGCAGUUCUCGUCUGCGCUCACGGGCGUGGCCACCAUCCGCGGCUUCGACAAGGCCCAGGUCUACAUCGAGCGCAUGUACCGGCGCAUCGACGACUACUCGGCCGCCACCUGGCACCUCUGGCUCUUCAACCGCUGGAUGGGCUGGCGCAUGGCCCUCGUAGGCUCGCUCUACGCCGUCUUCGUGGCCGUGCUGGUGCUGCUGACGCCCGGCAUCGACUCGUCCAAGGCCGGCUUCGCCCUCGCCUUUUCGCUCGAGUUUGCAAACUCGGUCAUGUGGACCAUCCGCCUCUACGCAAACGUCGAGCUCAACAUGAACGCCGUCGAGCGCAUCGUCGAGUACGCCGAGCUGCCGACCGAGACCCAGGAGGGCGAGCGCGCGCCCGCCGCCUGGCCGACAAAGGGCCGCAUCGAGGUCGAGGACCUGGUCGUCGGCUACGCCCCGGACCUGCCGCCCGUGCUCAAGGGGCUCAGCUUCGCCGUCGAGGGCGGCCAGCGCGUCGGCGUCGUCGGCCGCACGGGCGCCGGCAAGUCGUCCCUCACCCUGGCCCUGUUCCGCUUCCUCGAGGCCCGCUCCGGGAGCGUGCACAUUGACGGCCUUGACAUUUCCAAGAUCCGGCUGCACGACUUGCGGUCUCGCCUGGCCAUCAUCCCUCAGGACCCCGUACUCUUUUCCGGAACCGUCAGGUCCAACCUCGACCCGUUCAGCAACCACACCGACGCCGAGCUCCGCGACAGCCUGCACCGCGUCCACCUCGUCUCGACCGAUGGCUCGGGCCAGACCUCGCCCACGGCUCCGAGCCACCCGGAGCAGUCAACCGCGGCCGCGGCCGCGUCAUCCUCGUCAUCAACCACGGGCAGCAACAACAGCAACGCCAAAAACACCAACAUGUUCGACAACCUCGACUCGCCCGUGUCCGAGGGCGGCCUGAACCUCUCGCAAGGGCAGCGGCAGCUCCUCUGCCUCGCGCGCGCCAUCGUGUCCCGACCCCGCGUCAUGGUGCUCGACGAGGCCACGUCGGCCGUCGACAUGCACACGGACGCGCUCAUCCAGCGCAGCAUCCGCGAGGAGUUCACCGACGCCUCCCUCGUCGUCAUCGCGCACCGCCUCAGCACCAUUGCCGACUUUGACCGCAUCCUGGUCCUGAGCGACGGCGCCGUCGCGGAGUUUGGCACCCCGCGCGAGCUGUGGGACAAGGGGGUGCAGGAGGGCGUGUUUAGGGCCAUGUGCGAGGAGAGCGGGGAGAGGGAUAAGCUGAGGGAUGUGGUGUUUGGCGCUAGGAGUUGAGAGGGAUGGGGGAUGGGGAUGGGGAUGGGGACGUGAUGUAGAUGGUGUGCGUCCUGGAUGCUACAUAUGGGUGUGUUGUCUUUCCGGCUUUCUCGCCGUUUCUCUCGUCUUCUGGUACGUUGUAUCACGCUUCACAUUUGGGUUAGCUACAAUGUUGGCUACCGGAUAUUUCCUUUUAUUCGGUUGCGUUUGCAUACAGCCGUUACAAGUUAAAAAGUUAUUUCCCGAAUCUCCCCAUCCACUCGUGUAUUUCACGCACGCCGCGCCAUAUCGUGCCCUUUCUAGCAAUCCGCCCAGGGAAUCGGUAACGU